UGUGUGCUCGGAAUGGCGGCCCGAGCGGAAGCGCCGGCUGGAGCCGGCGGAGUGGCGGCUGCCGCGGAGGCGACUCCCGACGGGCUGGCGCUGGCUGAGCGCGGCUCCUGCGAGGUCUUCCGAUUGGCGGCCUCCGCCCGGAAAGCGGCGCCUUCGGACUUGGUGGCUCUGGCCCAGCAAGUGGAAAAGGCUGACGAGUUUGUCCGGGCGAAUGCCUGCAACAGGUUGACUGUUAUUGCGGAACAAAUUCAUUACUUACGAGAGCAAGCUAGGAAGGUCUUGGAGGAUGCGAGCAGAGAUGCAGACCUGCACCAUGUGGCCUGCAACUUUGUGAAGAAGCCCGGCAACAUCUACCAUCUGUACAGGCGGGAAAACGGCCAGCGUUAUUUCUCCAUGCUUUCGCCAAAGGAAUGGGGAGAGAAGUGUCCCAGUGAGUUCAUUGGCUCCUACAAACUGCAGCACGACCUGUCCUGGACACCUUCAGACAACAUCGAGAAACGUGACGCCGAGCUGAAAGUCCUUGAGAAGCUGCUGACCCAGCAACCUGUGCCGCCACUAUGCACAGAGCCUAGUUUCCGGGGCCUUACCAUGUGACGCGGCCUGGUGGGGACCCGCCCCCUGCAGAAGGCAAGGGUGUUCCAUCCCCUCCUUGAAGGAUUGUGGUGUGAGCUCCUCCCAGCCUUGGCUCCCUCCAGCAUCGGUCUUGAAGCUCUGGGCUGGUCUUUUGCAGCCAUCAGAACAGGGAUAAACAAGCACUUUUAAUCA